AUGAUUCAUAAUGUGCCUCUCCCUGCUGAUCAUGUGAGGGUGAAGUUGAACACUGCUAUUGAUGCAAAUUAUGCCCUCCCGAUACCCACCCCAGAUGCAGAGACAGUGGCUCAAGCAGUGGGUAGCUUUGUCGCUUGGCCUGGCCGUCUUCUUACAUUAGGACAUCCUUCAAAGUCUAAGGGAAAGAAGAGCCUAUUGGGUGAUCACUCAUUAUCAUCACCACAGAAGCAGCCCUCUGAGCCCGUUCAAGUGGUAUCAUCAAGAUUCCGAAUAUGUCUUGAGGAAUAUGCGAUUGGGGCCAGAUUAGAACAUGGCGAGGAUUUCAUGAUUCCCCUAGAGUUUGAGCCAGAGGUAUAUAGUCGACCCUCGUCAGAUUAUGUCACAAAUGAAGUAUUGAAAGAGAUUCUGACACAUGGAAUGGCCAGCACAAAUGCCUGUAACUUUUAUAUCAGAUAUCUUUUCAAGAACUUCAUAGCCCCUGGUGGCCUUGAUGACAAGUUCAAGAUUAUCAGCCCCCACACUUUUACUGGCCACAAACCUGAUAUGAAGAAAGACUUAUCCAGAGACUUGUUGGAUAUCUUCAUUUCUAGGGCAACACGGGGGGUUCAGACUUUGUUUUUGGCGCCUUACUGUCAAGGGGCUUUGUGGCUAUACCACACAAACCAGGCCUUACCCUGCCCCCCGGUAAAAAACGGCCAAUUUGACGAUACCUUCCCGUGGAAGAAAGUGAAGUGCCCACAGCAGCCCAACAAGAGCUCCCAUUAUGGAUAUUGCUACUUUGCCGACACAUAUUGCACAGUGUAUUCAUCUGCUCAGAUGGAAGAAAUCGUUGAGGAGUUGGCGAUGGCCUUAUUCCGUCAGUGGGCACAACAUAGAUAG